CCAUCAAACGAUUACCACAUUCAAUACCAAACCACAAAAAUGCUCCAGAUACUCUACUUCUUUGCUCUCCUUUUCACUUUCUCCAAGAAUGCAGCUGCCAUUGACUUCUGUGUGGCAAACCUGAAACGGCCAGCAGGUCCAGCAGGCUAUCCUUGCAUAACACCCACCAAAGUAAGAACAAAUGACUUUGUGUUCACAGGCCUUGGAGUUGCUGGAAACACCACAAACCUUAUCAAAGCUGCUGUGACUCCCUCAUUUGUAGCUCAAUUCCCGGGCCUGAAUGGCCUCGGAUUGUCCAUUGCUCGGCUUGACCUGGCGCCUGGUGGUGUUGUCCCAAUGCACACUCACCCGGCUGCGUCCGAAAUUCUAUACGUGUUGCAUGGAAAAAUUACUGCCGGAUUCAUUUCUUCAGCUAAUUCUGUCUAUGUGAAGACACUUUUCAAGGGUGAUGUCAUGGUUUUCCCGCAAGGAUUGCUGCAUUUUCAAACGAAUGGCGGUGGGAAACCAGCUAGUGCUGUUGUGAGCUUUAACAAUCCAGACCCUGGACUACAAAUUCUUGAUUUUGCAUUGUUUGGUAACAACUUGGCUUCUUCUUUGGUGGAGCAGACUACUUUCCUUGACGAUGCUACUGUGAAGAAGCUUAAGGGUAUUCUUGGUGGCACUGGCUAAGAUUGCCAAGAAAUUAUAAAUUGUUAAUUUCUUCUUAUCAUAUUAAUUCUCUGCCUUCUUGUAGUUCUCCGAGCUAUGAAAUUUUCUGAUUAAUUAAUUAAUGGAAUUUGUGGAUUUCUAUUUU